UUACACGGUGCGUAGGAUUACUAUUAGCGAGACUGACGUCUGUCGUACGUUUAUUCAUAAAAAUUUGUAAACGAUGACGUGCCUCUUAAUUAAUACAAACUUUAUAACAUAUUGAAUAAUUUUCAAUUAUAAACUUAUUGAGUAUAAAUGGAAAUAAUUGAUACUGAAGGAAGUACCUAAAAUCGGUCAAUCGGCUAGGCGAGGGACUAUUUUAAAAUAUCCACCGUAUACGUUCUGCGGUUGGAUGCGAUGCGUCCCUAUUCAACAAACCUGUUUCGUAGCUGUCGUGUUGUAUUGUAGAAGUUGUAAGUUGUUUACGUGCCCAGCCCACUGGCGUUCAAACAGUUUUCACCGAUUUAUUAUUUGUCAGUGCUGCAAAUAUCCUGUGCUAUCCUGGUGUUAUAACGUUUAGAGUUAUAACCCAGGUUAUAUUUUAUUGAAUAACGCCAACUACAUUUUAUUGAACAGCGCGGGUGAAAAAUGCCAGAGGAACCAAAAUCCAGUGCCAGUACGGCAGAGGCUUCAGCUGCAGAAAAUGGAACCAGGACCAGUUCACCCAGCAAAAGUCCUUCCAAUAAGGGAAAAACUGUGCUGGCAAGGAUAACUCUACUUGAUGGCACUUUUAAGGACUUUCCAAUUGAGAGAAAAGCCCGGGGUCAGGAGCUCCUUGACAAAAUAUGCCAAAGUAUGAAUCUCUUGGAAAAGGAUUACUUUGGACUUAUAUAUGCCGAUAGGCACGACCCGAGAAACUGGCUUGAUCUCGACAAGAGAAUCGGAAAGUUCAUCAAAAAUGAGCCCUGGAAGUUCAAUUUCGAAGUGAAAUUCUACCCUCCAGACCCAGCGCAGCUCCAAGAAGACAUCACAAGAUAUCAACUAUGUCUGCAAAUAAGAAAUGAUAUAGUUACUGGUCGUCUCCCGUGUUCAUUCGUCACUCACGCACUGCUAGGCUCCUAUUUAGUGCAAUCUGAAGUUGGAGACUACGACCCGGAAGAACACAAGAGAACAUAUUUGAACGAAUUCAAAUUUGCUCCCAAUCAAACACCUGAACUAGUGGAAAAAGUCAUGGACCUUCACAAGACACACAAAGGGCAGACUCCAGCUGAAGCCGAGCUUCAUUAUCUCGAAAAUGCAAAAAAAUUAGCGAUGUAUGGUGUAGAUCUUCAUCCAGCCAAGGAUUCAGAAGGCGUCGACAUCAUGUUAGGCGUAUGCUCAUCUGGCCUACUUGUUUACCGGGAUCGACUGAGAAUAAACAGAUUUGCCUGGCCAAAAAUACUAAAAAUAUCCUAUAAGAGGCACAACUUCUACAUCAAAAUCCGACCAGGAGAAUUUGAGCAAUUCGAAUCAACGAUUGGUUUCAAAUUAGCCAAUCAUCGAGCUGCUAAAAAGUUGUGGAAAGUCUGCGUGGAACAUCACACUUUCUUCAGGCUGAUGAGUCCCGAACCAACACAGAAAAUUGGAUUAUUUCCCCGUCUUGGAUCCCGUUUCCGUUAUUCAGGGAGAACACAUUAUGAGACGAAGAAAACUCCCAUCGAAAGACAGCCUCCGCAAUUUGAGAGGUCUCUGAGUGGUCGAAGGCUUACAUCUCGCAGCAUGGAUGCUUUGGGAGGGCCAAGGCCUGUCGAGACUUAUGGAUCAGAGCCUAGCAAAAGGCACACUAUGAUGAGCUACGAACCUGAAAUGAUCCCUGAUAUGGAAUAUAUCGAACAACGGCCGAGUCCCAUCAAGAAAAAGAAAGAAAAGCUGACACGAAAAACAAGUGCUGGAACCACUUCAGCCAGCAGUAACAGCAGCCUUGAAGGAGAAUACGACGCUGAAGGUGGAAAAAAGAAACCAGUUGGGGGUAUCGCAGUCCUUCCUCCUGGUGGAUUGUCAAAGAAGAAGAAGGACAAACAGAAUGAAAAUGAGAAAGAGAACCACAACGACCUGAAUAACUCUGACUUAAUAAACGAAAGUGCUCUGCUUGACACUAGCGAUGAAAAGUCACCGAGUAAAAAGGAUUCUAAAAAGAAAGACAAGGAAACACCGGAGAAGCGUGAUAAAGAAAAGAAAGAAAAGAUCAAGAGUCCCGUUGGGGGUUUCCUGUUUGGCAAGAAGGACAAAGAUCAAAAGCAAAAAAAAGAAAAGAAAGGCAAAGAUCUUAACGAGCUCAACGACAAAAAUGAAGGACCUAAUAAGACGGAUAACAAAGACGACAGAGCUACCUCACCUGGAUCGCCACAACUUCCAGGCUACACAAAACCUUACGAUUAUGUUGAAGAUGGAGCUUCACCAACAAGAAAGAAUUUCACUACUCAUGGAUUUUCUUACGAAGACAAACCUGCCUCUCCGGUUCCAUCGGAUCAGCAAUCGCCUUCUGGAGCUGGACGAAGGGCUACAGGAUUAGCAUUUAACUACGCUCCUGGUGAAGAGAAAAAAGUUGCUGAAACAGCUGAAAAACGCAAGACGAAAGAAGCUGAAGCUGCCAAAGUACCAACAGGUCUACGAACUCCUGGACUAAACUAUGUUGAAUCAGCUGGACUGAAAGAGCAACAAAAAGCUGCAGCUCUGCCACCUGAAGACGGAAGACAAGCAUCGACAGAUUUUAUCUCCGGGGAGCUGCAGAAUCAGAAAGCUGCUGCUCAACCUGGCCUUAUAAUUCCCAGCUCAGUCGAAAGCAAACCUGACUAUCGUAUACUUCCUUUACCAGAUGGUUCCAAGAUAAUCGGUGGCAUAAUUUAUAAUAAAGAUGGCAGGCCCUUAGACCAAGGCACUCUAGGCCCGGAAGGUAGUAAAAUCGUUGACGGUAAAGUUCUUGGCAAAGAUGGAAAUCUAAUCAAGAAAUCUGAAUUUGGUCCCCAAGGCACCCACGUUGCAAAUGGUAUAGUCACAGGAAAAGACGGCAAGCCUUUGUACCAAGAAUCUUUGGGUAUUAAUGGUGAUUCUGUAAGAAACGGCAUUAUAUACGGACAGAAUGGAGAGCCAGUCAGUGACCGGUCUCUGGGUCCAGCUUUUACCUUGGUUAAAGAUGGUCGGGUUGUUUCUAAAAAUGGCAAACCUCUCGGGUAUGAGACACUGGGUAAUGAUGGACCAUAUAUUAAAGACGGACUUAUAUUCAGUCCGGAUGGAAAACCGCUAACUCAAGGAUCUUUUGGCACCGAUCGUGACUAUAUUGUAUCUGGUACGGUGUAUGGCAAAGAUGGAAGGCCCUUGAAUCGUCUCGCUCUGCUCCCUGAUGCAACUUUCAUUUCUAACGGACUCAUUCAUGGUCGCGAUGGAAAGCCACUUAACGCAGGCCAACUAGGUCCUGAGGGCAAUUACAUUCAAGAUGGUAAGGUCUAUUCCAAAGAUGCUAGACCUGUUAAAAGUGAAUCCUUCAACUCAGACGGAUCGUCGAUAAAGGAUGGUAUUAUAUACGGGAAAGACGGAAAACCGCUCAGCCAAGGAUCACUUCUCCCGAAUGGUGCUCAUUUGAAGGAUGGUAAAGUUGUCGGUAGAGACGGUAAGGCGGUUAAACAUGCAUUUUAUAAGCCCGAUGGCAGUUUUGUCAAAGACGGUGUGAUUUAUGGACGCGAUGGCCGGCCGCUUAGUCAAAUUCCGUUGAUUGCUGCUGGAUCUUCAGUCAAAGAAGGAUUGAUUACUAACAAAGAUGGAGGUCUUUUGAACCAGACCCUGUUCAAACCGGAUAACGUCACCAUCAAAGACGGGAUUGUGUACAAUGACGAAGGAAAAGUGUUAGCCGAAGGCUUUCUUGGACCUGACGGUAUUAUAAUCAAAGAUGGAAUUAUCCUUGCAAAAGAUGGAAAACCGGUUAAAAAUGAAUCUUUUGCACCAAACGGAAGCUACAUAAAAAAGGGUAUCAUUUGUGCCAAGAAUGGUAAGCCUUUGAACCAAGAUUCUCUUAUCCCUGAAGGUACGAGCAUAAGAGAUGGCUUGCUGUAUAACAAGGAUGGCAAAUUAGUGAAAUCUGGAUUUUUCAAACCUGAUGGAAGUCAUAUUCGCGAUGGUCGCAUCUACGGAAAAGAUGGAAGACCAUUAAACCUCAGUUCGCCACUUCCCGAUGACAGUUUCAUCGCAAAUGGAGUAAUCUUUGAUUCUUCUGGAAAACCUCUUGAUAAAGAAACCUUUGGCUCAGACGGUUCUUACGUUUCUUCGGGUUUAAUUCAUGGAAAGGAUGGCAAAAUUGUUGCUGAAGGUGUGUUUGGUCCUGGUGGUAAUAAGGUAAAAAAUGGUCUAGUAGUUAACAGAGAUGGCACUCCGGUUACUCAAGAUGAUCUGGGACCAGACCGUCUGGCUAUCAAAGAUGGAAAAAUUGUGGAUGCAGCUGGAAAUGGCAAGAAUCAAGGCUCUCUUGUGCCCGAUGGAUGCUAUAUACAAAACGGCAUUGUAUACGAUAAAAGUGAUAAACCUCUGAAAGAAGGUGCUUUCAAGUGUGAUGGCACCUAUAUUCGUGAUGGUUUGAUCCACGGUUGGGGAGGUCAACUUUUAAAUUCUGGUACCGAACUUCCACCAGGUAGCUAUGUACAUGAGGGCAGAUUGUAUGGCAAAGAUGGUAAGCCAUUAAACCACAGUACGUUUGGAUCAGAAGGAUGUUACAUUGAGAAUGGAUUCAUUUAUGCAAGCAAUAAGAAGCCCCUUAGUCGUGGAACAUUUGGAAGUGAUGGUGCUUCAAUACAGAAUGGUUUAAUUUAUGACGCAGAGGGAAAACCCUUGAACAAAAAGCAGUCAAUUAUCACCGUCUCACUGGUGCGUUAUGGUUUGGUAUGCAAUAAGGAUGGCAAACCCUUGGAAUCUGGAGCAUUCGAUCUUGAAGGUAGUUUUGUAAAGCAUGGAAAAAUUUAUGACCAGAAUGGACAGCCACUCAAUCAAAAUGUCUAUGGCUCUGAUGGCAGCUACAUCAAGGAUGGCUUGAUUUUCGGAAAGAAUGGCAAACCACUAGAAAAAGGCCCACUCAAUGCAGAGACGAGUUUCAUAAAGAGUGGCAGAGUAUAUUCCGCUAAUGGCCAACCACUCACACAGGAAGCAUUCGGACCGGAAGGUCUGAAAAUUGUUAACGGAGUUGUCGUUGAUGAAUCUGGAAGCCCGGUGAAAGAUGUGAAAUUUGAUGCAGAGGGCAAUCUGGUCAAAAAUGGCCUCAUUUAUGCGCCAACUGGAAAGCCACUGGAUAAAAAAUACACAGUUAUCUCUAUUACACUGGUCCGCAAAGGUUUUGUUUGUGAUAAAGAUGGGAAACCUGUUUUACAGGCACCAUUUGGAACAGAUGGAAGCUUCAUCAGAGAUGGCAAGAUUUUUGAUAAAAGUGGUAAGCCAUUGAAUCAAGAAAUCUUUGGAAACGAUGGUGGGUUUAUCAGAGAUGGGUUGAUUUAUUCCACGAAUGGACAAGUCAUGGAUCAAGAUCCGAUUUCUGACGAAACAUCUUAUAUCGAGGAUGGAAAAAUCUUCGGAUCAAACGGGCUGCUAUUGAACCAAGAAAAAUAUGGACCAGAAGGGUACAAAGUGCUGGAUGGUAUUGUGGUAGACAAGAACUUGCUUCCGUUAAAGCAGGGAACAUUUGGAUCAGAUGCAGCUAUUAAAGACGGCAAAGUAUAUGGCAGCGAUGGAAAGCCUUUGUUCAAGAAAUUCACUGUCAUAACAAUCACUGUUGUUAAGCGUGGUUUGGUUUGCGACAAAAAUGGCAGACCAUUAAUUCAUGGACCCUUCGGUACGGAUGGUAGUCAUGUUAAAGAUGGUAAAAUUUACGAUAAGUCUGGAAAACCUUUGAGCCAGUCUUCCUUUGGAAGUGAUGGCAGCUACAUUAAGAAUGGAGUCAUUUGUUCCAAGGAUGGAAAACCCUUAGACCAAGACGUUGGCACUCAUGAGGACCAAAAUACGUAUAUUGAUAAUGGUAAAAUCUACGAAAUCAGUGGCAAAGCGCUAACUACGGAUUCAUACGGUCCUUACAACUUCAAAGUAGUGCAAGGUGUCAUUUACGGCCAAGAUAACAAGCCCCUCGCAUCUGGAACAUUUGAUAACGAAGGCAACACGAUACAAGGUGGAAAAAUCUAUGCUAAUGAUGGCAAGCCACUGACCAAGGAGUCGAGAAUUGUCACAAUUACAUUUGUCAAACGUGGUCUUGUCUGUGACAAAAGUGGAAACGUUUUAAAAAAAGGUUCCUUUGAUUGUGAUGGAAAUGUUGUUAAAGAUGGCAGAGUUUAUGGAGCAGAUGGCAAACUCCUGACAGCUCGAUAUUAUGGACCUGAUAGCAUUAUCAUAAAAGAAGGCAUAAUUUGCAAUGAAAAUGGAAAGCCGGUCAACAAUCGAGAAACUGGCCCUGAGGGCAGCUAUGUACGUGAUGGAAUAGUUUAUGCGAAAAAUGGAAAACCGCUUACACAAAAUCCAUUUGGCCCAGAAGGAUGCAAGGUCGUUGCUGGAGUAAUAUAUGGUAAAAAUGGUAAACCCCUCGAUGGCACUGAAUUUGUUAGUGAUGGCAGCUAUGUCAAAGAUGGUUUGAUUCACUCCAGUGAUGGCAAACUUGACAACAAGGAUGAUUUGACAUUCAUAUUCAAAACUGUACUAGUCACAGUUGAACCAAGUGCUGAACCCCGAGAUGAUAUUACAAAUAUAGUAGGUGCAAUCAAUCAAGGUUUCUAUGAUGAUCCGAGGUAUAAAAAAUUCAGUGGACUGAGCUCGUUUGGUAAAGAUGCUAAGAACUAUCCUGUAUCCAGUGGAGCCUACGAAAGUGGCUCCGGAGAUGACAGCGAUGAUGAUCUCGAUCAGUAUGGCGAAGGAAAAGGUGACAUUAUCAAGGAACUACGAGGUGCUGCUAAAAUUAAUAUACCUGCUUUGAAGAAGGCGUCGAUUCCCACCACUCCAACGAUAGUAAAGACUACGACUAAACAGUCGGCUGUGAAAGAUCACGAAGGAGUCACCCAGAAUAUCGAAGAAAAAAUAGAAGAUCUUACUCCUGGAGGUACUGGCCAAGUUACCGUAUCCACACACGUCAAUAAGGCCGAAGCUGCAGAUGAUGGUAGAACACCCUACAUGACCGCGACAGCUGUUACCACUCGAACAGCUACGAUGCACGAGGAUUUAGAAAAGAAUCAAAAGACAAGUCAGGUGGAAGAAAAGACAGUAGCACACACAACUGCCACUAGUGCAACGUGGCAAGAGCAACGUGUUGUUACUCAAGAAGUCAGAACUACCAGUCACGUUCUUUCAGGAGAACAGCUGGGCUCACGUCGCCAUAGUACCUCCAGCUCGAGCAGUGGUGAUUCUGGUACCCCCAUUGAUCUUGAAGAUGAUCAACAAGCGAUCUACAAUCAAUAUUAUCAGGGAGACCAAGCUGGCAUCGUGGCAACAGAAACACAUGUUUAUACAGGAGAACCUGACAGCAACGUCACUACAACUACAACGGUACCAUUGGUUGCAACUGAGACGAGAAAGGUAGCUUUGGAAAGUGAAGAUGGCAACUAUAGCGCAACUGGUGAAAUUGUCAGCUCCCAAACGAUAUCUAGCAAAACUCGCACCGUCGAAACAAUUACGUACAAGACGGAACGAGAUGGAGUUGUGGAAACUCGGGUCGAACAGAAAAUUACCAUCCAGUCAGAUGGCGAUCCAAUAGAUCAUGACAAAGCUUUGGCAGAAGCUAUUCAGGAAGCUACGGACAUGAAUCCUGAUAUGACAGUUGAGAAAAUUGAAAUUCAACAACAGACUGCGCAGUAACCCGUUGGAGUAAACACUAGACAUAACUGUAGGGCACCCUGACCAUACCAUACUGUUUAGAUCUUAUUAUAUUUUAGGUACCAUGUUGAAGAAAUAAUGUUACUUAUUUAAAAAAUAUUAGAGUAACUUUGAAAAUUUGAAUGUUUAUCGAGACACACUGGAACCCGAUUUCCAUAAACGGUUUUUCGGAUAGCGACCGAGCAGCUACUAGUCUACGACUUUAUGCCAUGCAGCCUUGCAUUAAAAAUUUAUGAAAUCGAGGUUGUAAUGGACUCUAUCUAUCCAUGAAUACGAUCAUUCUCAAAUAUCGAUUGAGAACUUACAAAGACAAAAUCUGAAUACUAUGACCUGAGAAGAAUUUCAAGCCUUUAUUAAGUUCAAUACUAUAUGUACAACUAACUAUAUUUAAUAUAGUUCAACGACGAACAUAAAAUGUUAUUACAAAAUAUAUCUAUGCUGAUGGUUUUGCGCUUGGUCACACUAUUGAAUUUAAUCUUUAUUGGGACAUCGUUCACGCUGAAGUCUUUAAAAUAAUAUUCUACCAGAUAUCAAUAUACCUGUAAUUACUCUGACCAUACUCGAGAGGUUGAAUGCGCGAGUCUAAUAUUUGCUGAUAUAAAUACGUGAUAAGAAGUCUGGGCAAAGGGUACUCUACAGUUUUCGCUAAGGUAAUCAAAAUAUAAGGCUGAACAAACGAAAAUAAUAAAUCGUACAAUAUGCGAAUGACAUUUUUUUGUUGUGUCUUCCAAUCAAAAAAACACUCCGCAUGGUCCAUCUAACAAUUUAUUGUAUUCGUUUGAGUGGCUCAAUACACUCGCUGAAUAUUUCAAAUUGGAAAAUUAUUAAAGCUUGGAUUAAAUUUAAAACCUAGUAGCGGCGGUGAAGUCGCUUAUCAGUAAUUCAAAAUAUUAAUAUAUUAUUGCUUUUUACCGAGCCUUACUUUAGAUUCACUCAAUGGUAUCUGAUUGUGAGCAACGAUAUUCAUGGGUUAUCGCUGCGAAUUAUUUUUUUACUCUGUUCUUUGAAUGAAUUUUUGUACAUUGAUUUUGAAAAUAAUAUUAUUUGUAGGAUUCAUAACGUGAAUGUAUACAUCUAUAAUAGUUAUUACAUUAACAGUCUUACGGAGUCUUGUAAAUGAAUUAAACAGACCCAACAAACAAAGGCAAACCAUUAGGGCGCAGAACUGAAGUCGGGUCUUUAAUAAACACUCGUAUUAAAGUAUACAAUACACUUCCAAAGAAUAAUUUGCUACAUGCAUUUUCAAUAUAAUAUUGUAAUGACUUCAUAUUAUCCAUUUUAAUAUCAUGAAUAAUUCAAAGUAGUUUCACAUCACCCAUAUGGAAGUGUUUUGGGUAUCAUUCUGCAUCGCAAUUGAGUAAUCAUUUUGAUUUUUCAUCCAACUCAAAACAAGACUUCCGCGGUUUAUGGUUAUUUUCACAUAUACACGGAUAGUACAUGAAAUGAAUGAAAAAUGCUAUAAAGUGAGAGGUUUUCUGGAUACAAAAUAUUAAUAUAUAGAUAUAUAAAUAUAUAUAAAUAUAUAUAUAUAUAGUAUAUACAAAAUACCUAUGUAUAAGUGGCUUAAAUCUUCAAAAUCAUCACGUUUUAUUAUACCAUUAGUACAACAGUGGAAAUAAUGAUCCAUCAGUUGAAUAAGAUAACGUGAUGAGAUUCUAAUGCUUUCUUGCUUUCUCUAAUAGCAUCCAACAUGAAACGUGUAAAUUUUGUUGAUCUAAGUGCAACAAUAGUUGAUAGUUAUUAUAAUAGAUUAAUAAAUUAUACAUAAUUCACAUACCGAUAGCAUUGAAUAUGCAUUGGUCAGCGUAUAUGUCUAAACUUAUCUGUAGUUUGUGUAGCGGUAUCAGAAUUACAAUUUACAAUUUCGUAUUUAACAUUAUUUAAGCAACUAAUAUACUAAGUUCAUUUUUUUUAUUUUUUUUUUUUUUUUAUAAAUACAGUUUAUAU